ACCGCUGAAACACACAGUGACGGGGCGGAGCCUGAGCUGCAGCGGAAGUGAUUAUCUUGUUACCGGAAGCGCCGCCUUAGGAGCCGCUGAGAGAGAUCCAGAGGGUCCGGUAACCGGUUGGAUUAGAAAUGGCAGAAGAGGAGAUAAAAGACCCGGGCACAGUGACAUUUAACGACGUGGCAGUUUAUUUCUCGUUGCACCAAUGGGAACUGCUGGAAGACUGGCAGCAACUCCUCUAUAAGAAUGUCAUGAAGGAGAUUCAUGGGGCGCUCACCGCUCUUGGUUAUGAAAUUGCCAAUCCUGGGAUUCUGGUGAAGGUGCAGCAGUCGGAUGAGCCGUGUUACAGCACACGUAAUGAGGAGCAGGAGGAGAUUAAAUCCAAAGGGCCCUCACAGAUCAGACCAGACAUCCUGCUGCGGGUGAAAAUGGAAGAAGCGUUGAGUGACCAGAGAUUCCAAAGGAACCUCCAAAAGGAGGAGGAGGAGCUAGAGCUGAGAGAAGAGGAGGAGGAGGAGGAAGAAGAGUUUAGCACAGACCCCAGUGCUGCAGUGUUUAACCCCGAGCUGUCUCUUUGGAUCAAGCAGGAAGAUGAACCUGGAGAUCAGAGCUCAUCCAUGGACGAUGUUAUUGAUGUGACGCCAAGCAGAGUGAUCUACAUGAAAAGCAAGGAGCGAAGCUUGAGCGACAGACAUCAGGUAAUAAAACUUGCCCAAAAAGGAAAAUCGCAGCGAGAGAUCAGCAGACUAACUCUGAUUCCCAAAUCGACUGUUGGCUAUAUAAUCAGGCGCUAUAAAGAGACCGGGCUGAUUGAAUUACAGACGGGAAGAGGGCGGAAGCAGAAGCAGUGUGACGCUGUAGGAGGAGACAUGAACACCAAGCGCUUUCUCUUUACACCAAAAAUGGCUGCCGGGAAAGGAGAGAACUUUGGGAUGCAAGUAACCACUCAGAGCAUGAGAAAUUUCCUUCCUCCAUAAUCACAAAACUCCAACAACCUCCCCUCCCUCCCCAAUCAGUGUAACUAAGGCAGACUAUCAGGACUGGUAUGGGCAGUGUUUCCACAGUAAUGCAAGGGUUAAGCCUCUGUUAUCCCUGCAAUGACUGCGAGAUCUCAUCAGACUGCAACACUUAUUGGGAUUUCUUGCCUUCCACCUGCAAUAGGAGUUGGCAUUUUCCAUUUAAAGGCAUGUGCAGUCUGAUGAGACUUUCCAGAAUUCAGUGGAAGCCACAGGGCUAGUUCUUCAGGAGGCCGUUCACUGGCUGGAACUUCAAGGUAGGGUUUUUGCCUUCUUCUCGCAGGUUUUAUUUACAUAUAAAAGUUUCAAUUUGAUGGACCUAAUUGACUCCGUACUAUGUUAAGGUAUUGGCCCACAGAUAGUCUCUAGUUUGCCAUACACAUUGGUGUACUUUUGUUCCAUUCCACUGUAUGAUCUCCCCAUGCUCCUUAUUGUCCUGGGACAUCAGCAAAUGAAAUUUGUACUUUGUGCAGAUCAGAUGUGAUCCUGCAAGAUGGUCUAUGUAAACUGAACCCCCCCCCUUCUUUUUCCUGCUUGACAUAUAUGCCCAGAGUGUUGGGGAGUAGGGUCCAAAUCAGCCAAACUAGAAGCCCAAGUGUGGGAAUGUACAGCCCAACACAAGCCAAGAACAUGUGCAGAGCAGGAGGCGUGAGGGGCAGCAGAGAACAUGGAAACUCUGAACCACAAGGAAGUAUAGCAGCAAUAUAGCAGCAACGUUCUUUCUACAGGAGAUUGGCUUCCAAUGGGACUAAUCCUGCCUCUGAACCCACAACCUACCCCCACAGCACUCGGCUAAACAUGGCACCCAAGCACCCUACUUUAUACCACUUUCCUUCUUUUAUCUUGGUGGUAACGUUAAGGUUUUUUUAUUUUAUUGUUUAAAACAACUUUUUUAUUAAGAUUGCUGUAGAAUUUUAGGGUUUGGCAAAAUUAGUUUAAACAUGAAAAUACUGUGUUACAUGAGCACAAAACGUCAAUCGAUUGUCAAUUAAAUUAUUCAUUUGUCUCGA